AUGUCUAAAUCAUUUUUAACAACAAUUACACCAUCAGCAUAUCGAGUAUUAUUAUCUACAUCAAACCCUACUAAAAGAGUAAUUCCAAUUGAUGCUACUUGGUUUAUGCCUAAUGAUCCUAAAAAUGCUAAACAAGAAUUUAUUAAAGAACGUAUUCCUGGACUGAAAUUUUUUGAUUUAGAUUAUUAUAUUGAUAAAAAUAGUUUAUAUCCUCAUAUGUUACCAAAAGAUUUAUCAAUUAUUGAACAAAUAUAUUCAAAUUUAAAUUUAAAUUUAAAUGAUUCAUUAGUAAUUUAUGAUAAAUUAGGUAUAUUUCUGAGUCCUAGAAUUGCUUGGACUUUUUCAUUAUUUGGUCAUAACAAAGUAUAUUUAUUAGAUAAUUAUUUAAAUUAUAAACAAUCACAAUAUCCCCUUGAUAAAAAUCCACCACCACCAGAACAACUAUCACCACCACAAGCACCACAACAACUAUCACCAGAAAAUCAAAAUGAUAACGAUAUUGUUAAACUUGAUGCAAAACAAUUUAAACAAAAUUAUAAACAACAAGUUAUUGAAUAUGAAGAAUUAUUACAAUUAAUUGAAAAUAAAAAUUUAAAAGAUUAUUUACUUUUAGAUGCUAGAUCAUUAAAUCGAUUUAUUGGUAAAAUUAAUGAACCAAGACCAGGUUUAAGUUCUGGUCAUAUACCUGGAGCAAUUAAUUUACCAUUUAAUUCAUUAUUAAAAAAUAAUUCAACUAAACAAUUUAAAAGUAAACAAGAAAUUAUUAAUAUUUUUCAAACUUUAUUAAAUAAUCAUAAUAAUAAUCAUAAUCAUAAUAAUCACAAUAAUCAUAAUAAUAAUAAUAAUAGAUUUGAUGAUUUAAUAGAAAGAAAAAUAUAUCCUAAAGGAAUUAUAGUUAUGUGUGGAACUGGAGUUACUGCAGUUAUUUUAAAAUUUGCUAUUGAAUGUAUUUUAAAAUUAAAUUUACCAGUUCGAGUUUAUGAUGGUAGUUGGACAGAAUGGGCUUCUAGAGCUCCAUCAGAAUAUAUUCAAAAAGAUGUUUAA